UAAUAUGUAAAUGCUGUCGGCCUAAAGUUAUAGCCGCAGGAGGCAACACAAGCAAUUUGCUUCACCACCUCCGCCACAAACAUGUCCUGAAAUACGAAGAAUGCAUGAAAUUAAGAAUGAAAUUAAUCUGCAUCCUCUUCCACAUCUGCAGGUAACGAUAGAGUUGGCACUGCAACACAAAACGCGACUCAGACGUCACUCAAAGACGCGUUUACUAAGGGGACUGCCUACGACAAGAAAAGCAAACGGUGGAAUGAUAUUACCAACGCUAUUACUUUCCACUUGGCUAAAGACAUGGUACCGCUUAAUACAAUUGAGAAAGUUGGCUUCAAGCAGAUGAUUAAAGUACUGGGUCCCAGAUAUGUUUUAACAAGUCGAAAUUACUUUAGCCGAACAGCAAUCCCUAACUUGUACCAACAGCACAGAGCCAAGGUAGAAGCAGACUUGGCUACCGUUCGCCACUUCUCAGCAACAACUGAUUUAUGGUCUAGUCGGAGCAUGGAGCCAUACCUAAGCCUGACUGUUCACUUUAUAAGUGACGACUGGGUGUUGCAUAGUCAUUGUCUGCAAACAAGCUUUUUCCCCGAUGAUCACACUGGCGAGUUACUAGCCACAGGCUUGCAAGAGGCACUGGGUUCCUGGGGGCUGUUGGAGCACAGACUAGUGGCCAUCACAACAGACAAUGGAGCCAACAUCAUUAAGGCAGUUGACCUGAAUAAUUGGACAAGAUUCCAGUGCUUUGGUCACAGGCUUCACCUAGCCAUUGAGACAGCUAUGAAAGAUGACCGCAUACAGCGUGCAGUUGGAGUCUGCAAAAAAAUUGUGGCAGCCUUUUCAUACUCAUGGAAAAAAAGGAGGGAAAUGGCCAAGGUACAGAAUGAACUGGGUCUUCCAAAGCACCAGCUCACAACUGAGACGCCCACCAGGUGGGGAUCACGUCAGAUGAUGAUUCAAAGAGUAUUAGAGCAAGAGAGAGGCAUCAAUCAGCUUCUAACAGCUGAUAAAAGGUCAAGGCAUUUAAUCCUCAGGUGGCAAGAUGUGGAAGUCCUUGAGGCUGUCAACAAGGGGUUGAGCCCACUCCAGGACUUCACAGAUGCCUUAUCUGGAGAGCAUUAUGUCAGCGUGUCAUAUGUAAAGCCAGUACUUCAUCUGUUCAACACUACCAUUCUUGCUGAGGAAGACGACAACACUGAACUGACCAGGGAUGUGAAGAGAAACAUUCUAGCCUACUUGAACGAGAAAUACUCCAACGCAGACACAGAUGACCUGCUCGAUAUCACAUCUUUCCUUGAUCCACGAUUCCGAACCACCUACACAAAGAAAGAAAAUGUGGAACAUGUCCUCUCCAGAGCCAUGGAAGAAAUCAAGUGCCUCAAGGAUCAACAGCAAGACCCUCUCCCUGGGCCUUCUGGUGCUGCAGCAGCUGCAGCAGGGCCUGCUGCUCCACCAGAGGAAAAGAGAAAAAAGUCCUUGUCCAGCUUUUUCAAAAAGCAGAGCACCAGCAGCAUGGGCUGCAGCGGAGAAACACUCUCAGAGGAGGAAAACAUCAAGAUGGAUUUGAGAGCCUACUUGCAGACCACAGAGGUUGACAGUGAUGCAGACCCUUUGAAGUGGUGGAGAUGCUAUCAGGCAAACUUCCCCCGUGUUGCAAAACUAGCUCAACAGUAUUUAUGCAUACCUGCCACAAGUGCUCCGUCUGAGAGAGUGUUCAGCACUGGUGGCAAUAUCAUCACAUGCCAUAGAGCUGCACUCAAACCAGAAACUGUGGACCAUCUGGCUUUCCUUGCUCAAAAUUUGUGAUGGCUGAAAUACCUAAUUUAUGGAGCUUGUCCAUGAGGUUGAAAUAUGUGCAUUGUUUCAAUGCUACAGGAUAAGCCUGCAAACCAUAUUCCCUUCUUUUAUAUUUUUGAUACUUGAAUACAGUGAGUGUACUGUUCCUGGGGUUGAGCAAUAGUAUUAUUUAUGCAAGUUGCAUACUUUUAGUUUACUAUUAUUAUUUUAUUAUUUGUUUAAAUGUGUGUAUGAAUAUAUACCUCAUCUUGAAGCAAGUUGCCUUAGUGAAGGUUUAGUUGUUUAAGAAGUUUUCAAGUUAAACUUCUUUUAUAUUUUAAAUACUUGAAUACUACCUGUUUGGAUUUGAAGUAAUAUUAAUGUUUCACAAAGUGAAAAGUUUCAGUCCUUUUGUAUUUACCUGUUUUAGGUAAUUUGCCUUAAUGAAAGUUCAGUGGAUUAAGUUUUCAUUUUGCAGUUAGGGACAUAUUGUUUACAUUGUAGCCAGUUUAAAGAUGUUUUCAAGCUGCAAAACUUGCACAAUAAAGUGUUGUGUAUUUUGACUGCAAGUCAUGAAU